AUGCAGUUCAGUCGCUUCACGAAUCAAUAUGUCAAGAAGCAGAAAGACCUCUACCAUGUCGGUGGCAAUGAGCGUUGCCAGCAGGCGCCUUCUGCAAAACGCAUCUUUGGCACGGUCUCCAUACCGCUGCAGCUGGAGGAAAAACAUUCUAUGACACGUGGAGCAGCCUCUGGGAACGGAUGGUACCCUCAGGUGCACAGACACUUCGCAGAUCUCAAAGCCGGUAUCAGCGCCGGGGAGGGGCUGACGGAUCCCGAAGCAGAUACCGGCACGACGACCCAACCUGAGGAUUCCGCGGUCAAUCCGGAAUCGGCGAAAGCACCGGAGGAUCCCAAACCACCUCCGGGCAAGAAAGAACCACAGGAGGACCCACCGGCAGUUACGGGUGCCACAACAGCUUCGAAGGAUGCGAAGGCUGCUCCGGUCCAGACGAACGCCUCGGCAAACCCGAAACCUUCCGCAGUCGAAGACGACACAGCUGCCAACGCCAGCAUCACAGCUGCUGCCGCAGUGAGCACCCCUGAGAGCGAGGACACCACUACCAUGGCAAACGACACACCUGCCAAGGCAAACCACACCGCUGCCGCCACAGUGAGCACCGCCGAGAGCGGAGACAGCGCCACUACUGAGGCGAACCACACAGUUGCUGCCACAGUGAGCACCGCCGAGAGGGGAGACAGCACCACUACUGAGGCGAACCACACAGCUGCUGCCACAGUGAGCACCGCCGAGAGCGGAGGCAGCACCACUACUGAGGCGAACCACACAGCUGCUGCCACAGAGAGCACCGCCGAGAGCGGAGACAGCACCACUACUGAGGCAAACCACACAGCUCCUGCCACAGUGAGCACCGCGGAGAGCGGAGACAGCACCACUACUGAGGCGAACCACACAGCUGCUGCCACAGUGAGCACCGCCGAGAGUGGAGACAGCACCACUACUGAGGCGAACCACACAGCUGCUACCAAAGUGAGCACCGCCGAGAGUGGGAACAGCACCUCCGAGGCAAACAAAACACCUGCCAAGGGAAACAGCACCGCUGCUGCCACAGUGGGCACCGCCGAGAGUGGGAACAGCACCACCGAGUCAGAUAACACUUCUGCCAACGCAAACAACACCGCCGCCAACGCAAACAGUACAGCUGCUGCCACAGUGAACACCUCUGAGAGUGGGAACAUCACCACAAUCCCUCCUGGGAAGUGGGCGGUAAAUGUCCCCUUCCCUCUCUACGAUGUGGUGGAUGACUCCCGGGGUAUCCAUGUGAGCUUCCGGAAGUCGGGCUCCUUCUACUUCCUCGAGGAACAGGCCUUGCUUCGAAGUCUCUCCGCGCUUCUGCUCUGGAUCCAGUUUCCAGUCCUCAUAACCUACUGGUUCUGCAUGCUUUUCCUGGGCACCCUGUCCAGCAUCUACCGUGCCGUGGUUCACCAGGAGGUGAACGUCGCGGAAGCUCUGAAAGGGUUCUCUGCCCGGCUGCUGACCUACAGCAGCGCGUUUAUGGACCUCCGUGGCCGCGUCAAAGAGAACUCCGGCUCGGACGGCAUCACGAAGAAAGCCGUCGCAGAGAGGCUCGGCAAGAUUUGCGAGAACAUGGAGGUCGAGGAAGCAUCGAUCGAGCGCAUCAGCCACGUGAUCUUCAACAGUCUCAAAUCGUUCCAGAAGGAAAACGCACCAAGCACCGACGUUGUUACUUGCCAAGAGUUCUGUGCCGCCUGCUCCACCAACGAGCCUGUCCAGCUCGACACGCUCGUCAAAAUCUUCGACAAGGACCGCCGCUUGGGACUGUUGGAGCGGGUGUUCCUGGACCAGUCGCUAGCCGAGGUGAGACGCUCCGCUCUCGCGGGCGAGGCUGAGGGCGCGGAGGAGGAAGCACCGGAGGAUGUCGAAGACGAGGAGCUGCACGCGACACACUCGCGCCUCGUCCAGGCAUACCGAGAUGUUCAGUUUAUGCUGAAAGAUCUGGGCCGAAUCGAGCAGCUCGCUCUCCAGACGGCGCAGGACUUGGACGUGAAUCCAAGCAACCUGGGAUUGACUUCCAGCAGAACCACGGUGAAAGGAAACUCCAUGCCGACAGCGGGCAGCGUGAUGCCGAAGCUGAAGCGUUCAGUGUCCACCGACAGCGUUGGCAACGAGGCAUCGGCUGAGAAGAGAGACUUCCGCGACAUUGAGCGCUGA